ACACAUUGUGUCUAGAUCUAUACGUUGAUUGGUUCUUAAAAGCAAUUAGAUUUAGUCUAGAAAUGAAGAACGCGAGAGUGAGGGAGUGGCGGGUUGGUACUGUCAGUUAGCUGAUACACCAACGUGACUUUUUUUUUUUUUGUAAGUUCAUUAGUAGAAAUUAAUUAUGUUGAAUCCCUGAUUCUCGUAUUCAUUUGUAUAGAAAAAUGUAAUCUGUUACCCUUAUUAGACAUUUGAAACAAUAAUAUUAAGUUAUAAUUUUGUUUGUUAAAUGUCGUGUGUUAAAUGAUUAAAUAGUACAUGUUAUCAACUUAAAACAUGACAAGUCUGUGAAGCCACAUGUUCUUUACCUGUAUGUUGAUAUAUGUGCAUGCUGCUAGUAAAGUUAAUGGUAAAAAAAAACAACACUUGGGCAUCUGUUUGUGAAAAACAUUCAUAAGAAAGAAAAAACAUUUUAGAAAUAAAAAGCACCCUUGAGUCAGGAUUUUGUCAUUUUACCAUCACGAGACACUCAUUACAAAGACAAACAGACACAAAAACUCCUUGCAUUCAAAUCAUUAAAUACAUUUCAACUAUCUGAUAAAAAUAUUUCACAAAAUGUAUAUUUUGUUUUUUAUAGUUAUAAUUUUUUGUGUGUAAUGCUCAAUUUGUAAGACAAAAUUCCUUAUGGAUAAUAAAGAUUAUUAUUAUCACUGUGCACAACUGCAGGAAAUGUCCAGUGCUUUUGGAAGAGAGGUUUUAAGUCUCUCAAACACACUAAUGAAAUUUGACGACAUCAAUGAAUGUAAAGAUAAUUUGACAUGUCCACAAGGAUGUGAAAACACUGUUGGAUCCUACAUUUGUAGCUGUAACAUUGGUUUCAGAUUGAAUACACUCAACACAAACAUUUGUGAUGAUUCAAGUAAUGUAGAGCUGUGCCAAGCCCUGAAUUUUUCCCAGCUAUGUUUUGUUAACAAUGGUACAGCAAGGUGUGAUUGUCAAGUGGGGUUUGCACUUCAGGGAGAUAACAAAACAUGCACAAAUAUAGAUGAAUGCAGUCUUGCCAAGAAGCCCUGUAGUCAAAUUUGUACAGACACUUAUGGCAGAUUUACUUGUUCAUGUUAUGCUGGUUUUAAACUAGAAGCAGAUAGAACUUCUUGUACAGCUUGUGAGAAGUCCUUCUAUGGUGUCAACUGCAAUCAAUCCUAUCAGUGUAGUGGGCACGGGACAUCUGAUCCUGUCAGAGGCUGUGUAUGUGACAUAGGCUGGGAGGGAGUCAACUGCAACAAUGAUAUUGAUGAGUGUACACUAAGGACAGACAACUGUUUGAUUGGUGAUGUUUGUGUUAAUGCUUUGGGAAGCUAUUCCUGUGUUUGCCCUAUUGGAUAUGUUAGAAAUGGAACUUGUCAAGAUAUAAAUGAAUGUGUUGAUCCUGCCCUAAACAACUGCAACCCACUUAUUGAAGAUUGUGUCAAUAACUUUGGUAGUCAUGUCUGCAACUGUAAGCCUGGAUAUGCAAGAAAUGAUAAAGGGGACUGCAUUAAUAUCAAUGAAUGUGCUAAUGGGGACCAUCAAUGUCAACAAAUCUGUGUUGAUGUGCCUGGAAAAUACAACUGUGAUUGUAACUACGGGUAUAGAUUAAAUGAUGAUAGGCUAACAUGUCUACUAGUGAAAGAUGUAUGCAGUGAUUUUGAGAAACUAAACUGCUCUCAAGGAUGCACAGUAGACUUUCAACAGAACACUUCAUAUUGUUUUUGUGCUGAUGGUUACAAUCUAGUUGGCAAAGACACAUGUGAAGACUGUAGUAGCACAACUUGGGGAGUCAAUUGUUCAAGAUCUUGUUCUUGUUCUACUGGAGCAUUAAGAUGUGAUAAUGUUAGAGGAUGUAUUUGUAGACCUGGAUAUAUAGGAGUUUUCUGUGAUGUGGAUGUGAACCAGUGUACCAAUGGGGAAUUACAGUGUAAUGAUAGACAGGAUUGUGUGAGUCGUAUAGGUCCUGAUUCAUGUGUUUGCAAAUCUGGUUAAAGACUUAAUGGCACAUUGUGUGAAGAUGUCAAUGAAUGUUUGGAUCCAAGGUUAAACACUUGUCAGCAGACAUGUCAGAACUCUGUUGGUAGCUACAGCUGUGGCUGUUAUAAAGGAUUUGCUUAUAAUGCAUCAACUAACACAUGUGAUG